AAAAAAAUCAUCAGUAUCGACUCUACUUUUAUAAACCACGGGCAUUCAUUUCAUUCGAGUUGAGAGAACCAUGUUUUAAUUUUGGUUUUGGUUUAGUUUAGGAGUUUGACUAGUGUUAGGGAAAGGUAUUUUAUCAAGGAUUAAAAUGGGAAGAAAAAAACGAGAAAACUAUCUUCGAUGGUCAAUUCUUGUGGUAGAAAAUUCAAAAGACGCAAUUGUUUGUUUAUUUGAAUUUAGUUUAGUAUCCUCGAAUCUAACAUUUGAGGAGUUUUUGAACAAAUAUCAACACGAGGUAUACCAUUUGUGUUACAACAAGAGGGAAUGCUGUCAAUGCAGCAACGGAAAAGUUCAGUAUGAAAAAAGUGUUUUGAAUAAAUCACAACUACGUGAACUCUAUGAAGAAUUUGGUGAAAAAUUACCUGGUCAUGCAUCGAAAAAUGGCAAACUGUUCUGUUGUAGGAAAGCAGUGCCAAAUCUUACUACAAACCAUCUUGACAUUAGUCUUUGUCGAUGCUUUCUUAACUAUUUCUGUAAUGAGCUGUUCUGGCAGUCUUGUCUUAACCAACAACACAUAAACCUUAAAGUAUUUCUGGACCAAAAUAAGCAUGUAUUAUACCACAUGUGGAAGGGAAAUAACGGUGGUGAUUGUUGCUAUUGCAACAACAACUUUAACUGUUCACCUAAUAUGAUUAAAAUCACAGUCGACCAGUGGGAUAGUAUUUUUGAACGUGACAAAAAUAAUACAUGCGUUGCUCACAAAAAUAGAAAAGAUGCAAUUUGUUCAAUGUCGGCUAUUGAAGGAAUCGAAACACACCAUUUGGGAGAUAAAUUGGCAAGAGCUAUCCUCACAGAGUGCUGUCCCUUAAAACAGAGAGUAGACCAACUUGUUGAUAUGAGAAAUAUACAUGCUCAUGCAAAGAAAGCCUCAAUGACUAAUGAAUCAUUUCUAGAGCAGUCAAAUCGUAUUGAAGAUGCCAUAACGCACAUUGCUGUAUACUGCAAAAAGGAUCAGGAAAUGCGCGAUAAAUUUAAUGAAUCACUACACCGUUCAUUUGAUGAAGACCUCUGCAUAAUGUAUAAGGCAAAGCUUUUAGAAGAUUUAGACAAAGUUUUCGAAAAGCAAGAAAAGGUUAUGGAAACAGCAACAGAAAAAAUCAUAGCACAAAUGAUAGAUUUUGAACACACGAGAAAAGAUCAUGAAUAUUCAAGACAAAAACAACAACAAGGAUUUCAGGAGUUUACUCGUGCAGAAGUUGAAGCCCAUGUUAAAGAAGGCACUUUUGUUGAAACAAAUGUCACAUCACAUGGCCUAGAUUUACUUAAUUCCGAAGGUAUAGUGGUUUUGACAGGGACAGCUGGCUCCGGAAAGACUAGAAAUAGCUUAGAAAUUAUGAGAUUAUUUGUUUGUACGAAUGGAGAUUAUAAAAUGGUCAAGUUCAGUAGUCUAACAGAAUGGAAAAAUAAUGUUUCGAUCCAUGAUAAAUUAGUAAUUUUAUUUGAGGAUAUAUUUGGAAAAACCAAUAGUAGAUUCAGUGAAGACCAAGACUCUGCUUUGCUCGAAGAACUCUAUGCAAGUGCAAAUCACAUGAAAAUUAACCGUGUUAUAAUAACCAUAAGGGAUACAGUUAGACAGAGCUGCCACACGGUCCUUGAAAAACACAGAAUAUUAAAUGAAAAAUUCAUUUUAGACAUAAGUUCAAAAGAGCUGCAGAUGAAUGAGACUCAAAAGUUUACUUGCUUAUCAAAUUAUUUCAAAAUUACAAACAUAGACAUCACAAGAAAUGCGACAGACGAAAAUUUUAAAGAGGAGAAAGCGCAAGACAAUAUGUUCAAAGUUAAAUUUCACGACGAAACAGUCAAAAAGAUGAUAAAAACAAAAACAACGAUAGGGUUUCCACAAGCGGUUUAUUUGUUCACAGGAAAUAGAAAAUUUACUGGACAAGGCCCUGCCUUUUUUGCGGAUGCCCCUAAUUGUUUAUUGACUGAAAUAAAGGAACUUAGAGAAAAAGGAAAGAAAGUAGAGCAAGAGAGAUGGCAGUAUGUAACACUGGUUUACACAAUGUUAAUUGGAUGUGAGCUUAGACCGAACGAUAUUGACAAUUAUUUAGUAGAGGAAAUUUUUAAAUCUCUUUAUAAGAGAAAUCUCCCAGAAAAUUUUAACGAGCUUAUUCGUGCCUCUGCAACUGUCAUGUCUGGAAGAUAUUUAUCCUGCAAAUCUGGUGAAAACCGCAGUACUUUUACUUUUCAACACCAAACAACAUUCGAAGCAGUGUUGGUCUCGUACGGCGAAAAAGAACCAGCUGUAGUGAUACCAUUCAUGAGUUUAGAAUUCAUAACGGAAUUGGUAAGACCGUUCCAUUAUAAAACUUAUCCCGGGGAAACAGUCUUAAAAAUACCGCAUAAACAUCAAGAUCUCUUAGCAAAGAGACUAGUUGAAAUAAUGUUAACUGAAUACUCUAAAAGAAAACAAUGCUUUAUCCAAAUUAUUUGUGAGGCCGAAAUAAUAAGACAAACACAGGAAGAGAUGAUAUGUGUAAUGAUUGACCAAUACGAAUCCAAAAUGAAGAAGAUACUGUCACGCUCAAAGUUAAAUAUGCGAUUCUUUAAAGAUCCAAAACCAGAAACGAAAUCUACCAUGUUUAACAUUACAUCAGUAUUCUUGCAAACAAUCAUCUCAUGCAAGGAGAAUGACCACGUUGUUGAAACAUUGGUUGAAAGAAUAUCCACUACACUUCAAACCAAAGUCGAAUUAGAAGUGAACAAUGAAUGUAGAAAAACCCUCAUACAAGCAUUUGAAGAAACAUGUGCAACAGGAACCUCACAUAGAUUAAAGAUUAUUUAUCAAGUAAUAACUGCUAAUAAGUUGGAAAAUUAUAUCGAUUUACUUAUGUGCAUGAAAGGUGCUUGCAAAAACAGAAACGUUCAGUGCUCUACUUGGCUUUUUGAAGAGGUAAAAAACGCUCAAACUAUUCUUCAAAGUGUAAUGCAAGACUCUUGUCGUGAAAAUGACAUAACAGAUGUUGAAUGGCUACUUGAAAAUUUUGAAGAGGAAGAUCUUGAUCUACAAGGUUCUGUCCUAUUAGCAUACAAAAAAAAUCAUAUAGAUAUCGUGAAGUAUUUUACUGAAAAUGUCGACGAUCAAACUCAUCUUCAGCUAAAAUACAUUUUAACUUUAUCGUGUUGCGAUAAUAAUUCUUACCUAGCUGGUUAUUUGUUAGAAAAUGUAGACCACCAGCAUUUCGACUUAACAUUUACUAUGAAAAAGGUUUGCGAAAAGGGGAGGAAAGAUAUUGCAAAAUUAUUAAUGGUAAAGGUAGAGGAAAAAGAUAAAUUAGACUUAAUCAAAGCAAUCAACACUGCCUGUCAAUUUGGUUGGAAAGAUUUGGUUGAAUUGCUUCUCGGUGAAAUAGAUAGAACACAAUUUGUUAUGACCACAAUACUCGAAACGUCUAUCAAAUUUGGACGUAUAGAACUCGCAAAAUGGCUUAAAUCUAGAGUUGGAGAUUACACUCCAACUGACAAAAUAGUCAUUGUAGAAUCAGGGAAAUAUUUUGGUCAGAAGCAGUAGGAAAACAUUGUAUUUACAUGAAAAGGUAUUUUUCCUUGAAAAAUGGUAAAGAAAAAACUUCUUAUUGUAAUGUACUUAUAGUAAUAUCUAUGAACAUGAUAAUUAUAAUUAAACAGGAAAACAUGGAAUCGUGAUCGGUUAAAAUAGGAAAUUACAAAUGUAUUUAACUUAAGAGAAUAUCUAUGAAAGUAAAAAAAAAAGUAAGGGUCAAAGUAUGUGAUUAAAGCAAUGGUACAUAUAUUAAUUGUGUAUACCAUGCAAGAAUAUGGAACGCCACAGCUGCCUUAUGAUAACGAUAAUCAUAUCAUUAAAGGGGCAUUAGCUGUCAAAUUCAUGUUCACCGAUUUGACUCAAAUUCUCAUAUCUGAUUUAUAACAUACUGAAACGUAUAUCCAAAUUAUAGAAAGUCUAAAAUAAACAAUUAACAAUGCAUAGGUUCGACGCCAUCUAAUUAAACAUCGAGGUGACCUCCGAAGACUGCCGACGGUCAUAUAACCCGAUAUAAACAUAAAUAUAGAUAUAAGUAGAUAGCAAACUCGUGCAAUUAUAUUUUUCUAGAUCUUUUUGAUUUCAUAUUAUAGUUUAAAAAUAUAUGUUAAUCAUCGUUUUUAUCUGUAUAAGAAUGAGUUUGUGCGGAUCGAAUCAGUCAAUCAAAUGGUUUAACCUUUUUUCACUUUCAAUGUUGACAUUCUUUUCCUUUUAAUAACUGAACAAGCCUAAUUCAUGCGUAACCCAUCUUUAACUUAGGGGUUAAAUCGAAGGUCACAUGAAUACGUAUUCAAUGAGGUCGAAUUGUUCACUUGCAAGUGAAUAAUUCAUCAGCGAUAUUUCUCAGAUUAUUUUGACAAAAUUGAACCAAACUGGCUGCUUAAAGCGAAUUAUUAUUUCAAUAUCUCACUUUCAUUAAUGAUUGAACAAAAAAAAAAUCAUAUGUUAUUUUUGUUUUAUGCUCGAAGCUAAUGCCCCUUUAAGGGUUGAGAUAUAACAUGAUGCAAUUUUUUUAUACUAUCGCGACAUUUGACUAUACUACCCUGUCAAUUUGCUAUAUCACUGAGAUAAAUUUAUAUACUAAAAAGAUGUUUUGAUAUAACAUGGAGUUACCUUUUCAUACUAUUCUGUCAUUUUACUUUGUCAUGAAGAUAUUCUUUUUAUACAAUGAGGACAUCUUGAUAUAACAUGGAGCUACCUUUUCAUACUGAUUUGUCAUUUUACUAUACUAUUAUGCAGGCCUGGGGUAAUGGUAAUUUGUAAUUACAAUGCAUUGUAAUAUUACAUUUUUUUGAUGUAAUGCAAAGUAAUUUGUAAUGCACAUUUUCUGCAUUACAAUUACAUGUAAUGUAAUGAUUACUUUAGUUAAAAAUCAAUGUAAUGCCUCCAUUACUGUACAUUACUUUUCAUUACAAAU